AUGGACCGAAUCGUGGGUGGAGGCGAACCAAAGAAAAUGAUCUUCCUAGCCAAGAAGAGUGGCAAUAUUUCAUGGAUGGGAACAUGUGGUCGUUACCAGAGGGGUAUAGAGAAACAAUGCAUAUGGCAAGCAGCGGGCGUUCCCUCUAUAUCACAAGCCGUGGAAGGAUCGGACUUUGCUACCUAA